AGGCCAAGAAAAGAUCCGCCGGCGGAGUUAGGGCGAGAAUUCGCGGCGGCGCCGGAGUUUUCCGCCACCCCGCUUAUAAAGCGAGGGAGAGGCCGCCCGAAAGGCUCCGGCAAAUGGCAAUCCUUGGUGGCUUCUUUAGGUAAAACUACAGUGGACUCAACUGGAAGCAACUUCACUCCUCACAUAGUUGCAGUUCAAGCAGGAGAGGUACCAUUUUAAUUCAAAAUAUAUACAUUACAACAAAUUGUAUCUAUCUAUAUAUAUGUAUUUUGUUUCGAUUUUGCAGAAUAUAGUUGAAAGAAUAUGCUCCUUUUCUCAAAGGGCUUUCGAAUCAAUAUGCAUUCUUUCAGCUUCCGGAAUCGUCUUAACCGCAGAACUUCUCCGACCUGGUUCCGCUAGCAGCAUUCUCAGAUACGAGGGCCAAUUUGAGAUUGUGUCUCUGAGUGGAUCACAUUUAAAUAACGGUGGUAACGGCAAAAUAUGCCGUUUAAGUGUUCAACUUGCUUACCCUAACGGCACCCUUUUCGGUGGCGCUGUCGCAAAUUCACUAAUCGCCGGAGGCCCGGUUCAGGUUGUGAUUGCUACAUUUAGAGAGAAUUUGGUGGGGGAGCAGCAGCACCUGCCAGCAAGGCGUUUCGUCGAACCUUCGGAUCCUAAUAAUGUUUAUGUGCCAUUAGUACAGACAUCAAACGGCCAAGUACAAGACGGUGAACAAGUUCCUCCGGUCGAUGCUCCAUCGUAUAACGGUGUGGAUAGACUCACCAACCACCGUGAUGUGAACCGCGCUUCUCCUCAGCAGUUCGAUUGGAACAACAACUCCUCCUUGCAAUCCUGUUCAACCAUGUCACAACAUUUAUUCUCCCGUCUUAAUAAUACAGACGAAUAAUACCGACCCCGUGAGAAGAAAAAAAAUAAAAAUACUACAUGUUACAAUUUUUUUUUCUUUUUUCGAUUCUUCAUAUUUGAAUUUUGAAUUACAGCACAUUGAUUGAAGCUAUUUAGCAAAGUGCCUU